GGCACUCGGAAUAUUUACAUCAACUCCAACAAAGGUACAARUGGAAAUUUCAGUCCAAAAACAUAAAAGUAGUUGACAUGGUCAUCUUAAAAGAAGAAAACGUCAGUGCAAGCAAUUGGCCAUUAGCUAGAAUCAUCAAGGUUCACCCUGACCCUGACAACGUGACACGAGUUGUUACUCUCAAGAAACAAGGAGGCACAACAAUGGAUAGACCAAUCCACAAACUGAUUUUAUUACCUGUCCAAUCGGAACAAACUUCGCCGGAAGUAUGUCAGAAACCUUCAAUAGGACGUCCAAAAAUUUCAAGAAGUGCUCACUUUUUGUGGAAAGCUUCAAUGAUCGCGAUUUUAUUCUUAACAACGAUCGGCAAAUCCGCAGCAUCAUCGACAACCUCGUUAUACCAUGUGGAAUAUCCACAACCAGGAUUUUUCAUUGAGCACAUAGGACAUGCAACAAUUGAAAGAGGCACAUUCAGAAUCGAGGUCAAAUUUCAAAAGUUCAAAAUCAAGAAUGAUACAGAAACCGUCCAAAAAAUAAUUCAAAACAUGGAAAGUUUUUGUAAUCAAACCCUAGAAUUUGCAGCAGAUAACAUAGACUGCUCACCUUUAAUCCAACAGUUAAAGGAAAAAGAAAAGGAACUGAGUUGGAUCAAACUAGGCUUAGAAAUUUCUCUAAAAAAGAGAGAAAAAAGAGGAGUCUUAAACACACUGUUGACUUCAAUCUUCGGGGUAAAUGACGAAGUUUACAAAGAUAUAAGCGACCUUGACAAAAACCAAAGGGAACUUAUACAAGCGUCACACCACCAAACGAAAUUUAUGCUUCAAGCUUUGUCCAAGUUCAACGACACCGAAUUUAAAAUCUACCAAAAAUUGAAUCAGUUUCAGGAAAAGCUCAAUCAAGGUUUAUCAGCGAUAAACAAUAUGCAGCAUUGGUACAGCUCAGUUGAUCACAACAUUGCCACGUACCAAAUAGCCAGCACUUUUCUCGACGAACUCAUAACUCACUACAAAAGUUUAUUGAACAUGCAUGUAAACCAAGCGAAUCUGUAUGAAUUCAUUUCCCCAGCACAAAUCAAGAACAUAAUAAUUACAUCUUCAAAGAAACUACCUUCUAAUAUCAAAAUUUUAUCCUAUCCCAUCCUUCGUACUGACCUAGCUCACAGUAAACAAUUUAUCCACUUGUACGGAUAUUUCACAAUGUCAGAGGUUGCAGAUUUCAUGUUGUUAAAGGGAACUCCAAUUCCACACAAAGACAAGACAAAGAGUCAUAUUGGAGUAUAGACGUACCAAAUGAUGUUAUAGCAGUUGACUAUAAUACGCAAAGAUACUUUCUUGUAACAGACGAAGAAUUAAGAGAAAGUACUCUAGUCUCAGAUCAUCGUUACGUUUGCUCACCAUCAAAUGUGCGCAGUAUCGAAAACAGUCCCAACUGCAUUAUCGACGAAUUGUACAAGAGAACAGAAAACAACAAAGGCUUUCAAGAGGCCCGCCAAUGCCGCCAUCACAUCCGUCUCCGUCCUCAAACCAUCCGACGACCUGGCCAUUUUGAAAAACGAAGAGCAAGAAAUGGACCAAGAGUUGCAAGAGGUCCAUUGGAAAGCCAUCACUCAUCACACAAUAAUUACAAGUGUCAUAACAAUAUUAGUAAUUAUUGUUCUAAUCAGCAUUUUGUUCUAUAGCUUAAAACGCAUCUGUCAAGCUAUCAGACGACCACGUCAGCGCAGAAGCCAACCCCAGGAUCCAAGACCAGCUCAAGGUCCAAGCCAAAAACUGGAUGAAGGGAUCGAGCUUCAACCCCUACGAGUUGACAACGACCAAGUGUACGCCGAACCCCGUCGUUAGAGUGUGUGUAUGUGUUCACAGUGUCGACUUAGCGAGUGGUAGUGUUAGAAUUAGGAAAGCAUUAAUUAAUUUUAAGUCAAUCUAAGUACUUUUGUAAUUGAAUUUGGUUAAUGUUAAAGGUUAAUUUAAGUAUUGGUUGUCAAUUAGUUUUUUCAUCAUUUUUUUUUCUUUUGUGGUCGGCAAGAUGCUCAAACGAACAAUUUUCAUUUUUUUUAUAAAAUUUAACAUUUCGACAAGUUUGUCGCAAUAGUGCACCGACCCGAGCAGACACUUCCGCGCGAUC